CAGCCAUAUAAAUGUUUUUAUUUUCUCUCUCCUCUGAAAAAUAUUCAGACCAAAUUUUUUCAGAAAAAACUUUUUUUUGUUUUUUUGAAUUUUCAUUUUCAAUUUUCAAUUUCCCUCUUCGUCUUUCUUCUUUGGAGGGAAAACCAGGAAACUUUGAAAUCUUCAAAAACUCAAAAAAUUAAGUUUUAUUAAUAAAUUAAACUAUUUUUUUUGCCUGUUCUGAAUCAUCUUCUUCUUCUUAUUCUGUUGAUUUUUGAAAAUAAAUUUAGGGUUUUUGUCUUCUCCCUCCUUCUAUCGUAAAUUAACUGUUCUGGGUUUGUCAGAGAAGUCCAAAAUCGAGCUCAGAGAUAUUUGGUUUUGCAGUCAAACCUCCAUAGUUGGAUUCUGACUCAAGGUGUGGUGAAUAAUAAGUCCAAAGCAUCUUGACUUUGGCAAUGCAGACCAAGAAGAGAGUUUCUUCUAAAAGUUCGGCUCGAGAGCCUUCUAGCACAAGAACACUGAGAUCUCAGAAGAAGGAAUCUGAAAAUGUUCCAGUUCUCGAGAAUAAUGCUGCAACGUUUAUUACCUCAUCCGCUAGAAAAUCUACCUAUGGUAGGGCUGUAGCUAAGAGAGAUGUAGAUUCUGCUACUGUAAGCUUGACCUCGACAUUCAGUUUGUUGGAAGAUGAUGCAUGCAAUGUGUCUUUGGUUACUGAUGAUGUUAGUAAUGGUUCUACAGUUCUCAAGGAACGUAAUGAGGAGACUGCUCAGUGUGAUUCGGGCACUAUAUUUUCACCAUCAUUUCACUUGUCAAAAGGUGCCGGGGAGGAUGUUAUGGAUGCAGAAACGAAAGAGGCAUGCAUGUCUUCAGAAGUUUCAGCAAUUUAUCUUGCUAUGAAGAACUCAAAACUGGAAUGCUUAGACGAGUAUGGACAAGAUUCUAUGAUGGUUGAUGCAUCUGUGGAGGAAGAGGAAUAUUAUGAGGAAAUUGAUGACUUUGAUCCAUACUUCUUUAUAAAGAACUUACCCGCAUUGUCAACAGUUGUUCCAACAUUUCGACAGAUGCUGUUACCUAAACAAACACGAAGAUGUCCCCCUAACACUCUUGUCUUGGACCUUGAUGAGACCUUAGUCCACUCCAGUCUCGAACCUUGUGGUGAUGCAGACUUCACAUUUACAGUAAAUUUUAACGAGAGGGACCAUACUGUAUAUGUCCGUUGUCGACCCUACCUUCAAGAUUUCAUGGAAAGGGUUGCCGGCCUUUUUGAGAUAAUUAUUUUUACCGCGAGCCAAAGUAUUUAUGCUGAACAGCUUCUCAAUGUGUUAGAUCCGAAGAGGAGGGUGUUUCGUCAUCGUGUAUUUCGCGAAUCAUGUGUUUUUGUGGAUGGAAACUACUUAAAAGAUUUGUCAGUUCUUGGUCGUGAUUUAUCACGUGUUAUCAUUAUUGAUAACUCCCCACAGGCAUUCGGGUUUCAAGUGGACAACGGAAUUCCCAUAGAGAGUUGGUUCGAUGAUCGUUCAGAUGAAGAACUACUGCAGUUAAUUCCAUUUCUGGAGAGCUUGGCUGGGGUUGAAGAUGUACGGCCUAUGAUUGCACAAAAGUUCAAUCUGAGACAUAGAGUUGCUGCUGCUGUUUAUCCAUCUUCUAAUUCAAACAGAGGGGAUCCUUUCGAAAGGUAAGUUUGUCUGUGUUUCGAAAGAUUUUCUGGUGUCCCAAAUUGUAAUCAAGUAGUAGCUGACUGGAAAAAGAAAAAAAAACUUACUGGACGAUGAUCAACGUUGUGUAAUCUGCUGUUAAAAACAUUUGUAAUUUUCUUAUUCAUCCGAGCUUGCUAUGUUACUCAGAUUAUAUUAGGUAUUUGUUACCAUGAAACUUCACUCUCUGUCAAGUGUUGUUAAACAUGUAUUGUGAUCCUUAUACAUGUACUGAGCAGUUUAAUAAAUCGCGUUCUUUCUUCUAUUA